UCGUCCCCUCCCCCUCCCGCUCCCCGCAGGAGGAGGAUGCGCCCUUGCCGGCGGGGAUUGUCUACAACCCCUACCGCGACGCCUACGGCCACCACCACGUCCAGCAUCAGCCCCCUCUGAAUCUGUCUGCCUAUCGGCGGGAUCGACACCCUUACGCCCAGGGGCAUCACCAACAGGGCCAGUACAACCCGUAUCACGGGCAGCAACAGCAGCAGCGACUCGGCCAGUCCUCAUACAGUCAGCAGCAGCAGCAACUUCGCCAGUUCUCAUACAGUCAGCAGCAAUUCGGCCAGCUUCCAUAUGAUCAGCAGCAGCAGCAAUUCGGCCAGCUUCCAUAUGAUCAGCAGCAGCUCUCAUCAAGUAGUCUGGCCCAGCAGCUGCAGCAGCAGCAGCUCUCGUCAACUGGUCAGGCCCAGCAGCUGCAGCAGCAGCAGCUCUCAACAGCCAGUAAGAUCCAGCAGCAGGGACAGGGUCAGAUCUCCUCCGCCAGUCAGUCCCAGCAGCAGCACGAGAGCCCAUCAGAUUCAGCAGCAGCUGCAGAUUCACAAUCAUCAUCCCAGGAGGUUCACCACCAGCAGCUGCUCGUAGGCUCAUCACCUGAGACAACAUCCAGUGUGCAGAAUGUACCACUUCUUUGGACAAUUGGUCUCAAUCUGCCUCCCCACAUUGAGGAAAGCAAUCUAUGCUUCAUGUUCAGGAAGAUACCAGAGCAUGUUCUGAAGGUGGGAAAAAGAGGCACAGUGCAAUUUAGCAACUUAGAAGAUGCACAGGCAGCACAAAAAAGGUGGACCAUUAGGGAAAAGAUUGUCCAAAGGAAUGCAGAUUACAAAAAGCACAUCAGAUCAGAGCCAUACGGCAGAAUGGUACCUGAGCUGGGUUCCAUAGCGACUAAGAGACAGAGAGAGGAAGAAGCUGGAAUAAAGUCGUCUCAAACGGAAGCAGUGAAGCGACAUGAACGAGAUGAUGCAGCGAGGAGUCUGCAAGACGACCCCUAUAAAUGGUGCACGGUUGAGGACUUCUCAAAAGAAAAACCUGAGAAUGAGCUUGUGAGGGCUUUUAAGUUCGUGGCUGCUGCAAUCCGAGGUUCGGUCAGCCCCAAGAUAACGCUAUGUGCAGCAGGCCCUAUGGGAAACUACAUCCUCGCUAGCAUACUCGGGCAUGCAUUUGCCACGCAUUUGAGUGGAAGAACCUGGAAAGGUAAAAUCAAGACAAGGCAUUUAGUCAUAUAAAAAAAAAUGAACUUGUGUGCUAUCCUAUUGAAGACGGUGAAAUUGACUUGCGAGGAAGACAUGGCCGACGACAUCUGAAGUAUUAUACAAGCAAUUGAUCCAUUGUACAGGAUCAACGGUCAUUUACCACCAUACUAUGCUGAGAUGAUAGCCAAACUGAAGAAACCGCCAAGGAUAUCCAACCCAGAUGAACUGAAUGCUGAGGAACUAAGCAAAUUCCACUUGAAGGUGUUGAAAAGACCUGCUUUCGCUACACCUGAACUGAGGUCAUACGGUGUUCAAGAGUUCUACACCAACACCUUGGACCUGGAAUUUGACAAUCCUGAAUGGAGGGCCUUUGACAGUUCUGCCCCAGUGCAUUUAGAGGACUGGCAGCACAUCACCAAGGUUGAUGAACUUCUGUUAAAAAACUUAAUAGAGAGCAGUGGUAUGGAGGACAAAUUUGGGAAGCAGUGCCAUUACAUGCGGCAUCUUGUGGUGCACUCACCUGAGGACAAGGAGAAGAAGAAGUAUCUAUCUGAUAACAAAAAGAAGGCCCAUGACCCUUUGGCGGCGUCGGCGAGUCACUCUGGAGCUCGCCCCCGCCUCCCUCCUCAGCCCACAAGAAAGGACGCUCUCCUUCCUGCAAUUAUGUCUCAAGCUGAAGCGAAGAAGACAACCCCCAGCAGCUCCUCCGCAGGUCCCCACCCUAAGCCCAAGGUGUUGUUGAUGAUGCCGGAGAGAGACAUGCUGGCCCAUUAUUAUUUCAGAGAAUUUAUGCCUGCAUUUGUUGACCUCUUGUACAAAGAGAAGGAUAAACAAGAGUGUCUUCGGGAAAUUUGGAACUCUUAUGAUAGAGGUAUUCCCAUUGUGGGGUAUGUACCUUAUGAUAUGAUUCCUGAGAGAUUUCUCGAAGAACUCGAGGAAGACAAUGCCAGCUCUGGAGGUGAAAAAGUCAUGGAGGUGGACUAGCUGGGAGAAGGAGAUCGCUGCCCAGGAUAACUGAUCAAGUUCUUUGUUAGCUAGUAUUUUUUGUGAUGAUACUGAGGUGGGAGAAGGAGGUGGGCUAGCUGGGAGAAGGCUUUUGCUGCCCAUGAUAACUGAUCAAGUUCUUUGUUAGCUAGUAUUUUUUUUGUAAUGAUACUGAGCGAGUGCCGUGUGGUUUAGCACAUCUUUUUAUCCCAGUCUCCUAGUUUAGUGGUACCUCAGUGAUACAGAUUGAUAGCUUCCGGAAACUUUCUAUUGGUUGAUAUCUUCUGGAAACCAAGCACGAUUGCCUCAGAAAAUGCUAAGCUGAGCCCUUUUAUGCU